AUGGCCAGGGGGGGCGCGGCGAGGGAGCGGGCGGAACUGGAGGGCCUCCGACCGGGCGGGCUGCUCCACUACGACUACCGCAGCGCCGCCGCGAAGGCGGUGAAGCUUCCCGAGACGCUGCGGAUUGUUCAGUGGAACAUUGAGCGUGGGAUUCAGUACGAGCGCAUCGUGCAGACGCUGCGGGCCCUGCGCGCCGACGUUAUACUGUUGCAGGAGGUGGACAUCAACUGCCGGCGCUCGGGGUACCGGAACGUCGCCCGCGACCUCGCCGAGGCGCUGGGGAUGGAGAUGUACUUCGCCUGCGAGUUCGAGGAGCUCGACGCGGCGGACCGGCCGCCGGUGCACGCUGUGGGCCCACUCUCGCCGCCGGCAACCGCCACAGCGGAGGCGGGCAACGACGAUGGCGCCUCCUCGCACAGGCGAGGGCGCCGCUUCCACGGCAAUGCCAUCCUCUCCGCAAGCGCCACUCUCAGUGAUCCCCGCGUGAUUCGGCACACGGCGGGCGUGGACUGGGAAACGGAGGGGUGCAAGCGGCAUGAGCCGCGGCAUGGAUUUCGCAGCGUCUUGCGCUGCCGCAUUCACUGCAGUGAACGCACGCAUCCGCAGAUGCCGGCGCUGUACCUGUACUGCUGCCAUUUUGAGGUGUUUUGCGGGGCGCUGUCGCGGGUGCGACAGCUGCUGGACGUCCUCCGCGACGCCGCCGCUGUGCUCAAGGAGGAGAAGCAGCAAGCAGCCUCGUACGACCAGUACUACAAGCACUACCAGCAGCAGCAGUCGGCCUUUAUUAUUGCUGGCGACUUGAACACCAUGGCGGAUGGCAUUGUGCGUUUCUCGCCGGGGCUUGCACUGGGGCGGCUACGCUUCCUUGCCGUGGGGGAAAAGGAGGCAUGUUGGCUGCAGCGCAAAGUGCUGUCACGUCACAUGCAUCGCGUGACACGGGGUUGCUGCCCCUUUUCCCACCGCUUCCUCUGCUACCUGCUCGCUAAGAUGCAUGACACCGUUUGGAACAGUGACCUGGUGUGGCGCUGGGCCUACGGCUUCUCCGCCGACGAGAUCGCCGCGUUGGACAAUCGCUCGCUCUGCUUCUACGACCCAGGCGACAAGGCGCUCUCGAUCACGCUCGACAACCCGGCCUACCACGGCUUUGUGCGGGGCAAGCUUGAUUGGCUGCUGCUGAGCAACCUGGCGGUGGCGCCGCCCACGCUCACGGAGGAGGCCGUUGCGGCGCUGAAAGAGUGCGGCUCCAUAACCGCAGCGAGCGCCUCCUCGCUCGCGGCGCUGCGGCAGAAGAUGCUGCUGCCACCGCACGGCUACGUGUUGUUUAACGAGCACUUCGAUGCCUCCGACCAUAAAGGCCUGCUGAUGCAUGUCCGGCAGCACUGCGGGGUGCCGCAGGAGACGUACCCGGAGGACGGCGCCGCGUACACCACGUCGUGGGCUCACGUCGGAUUUUUCGCGCUCACACGGGCACUGCCGUGGGCUGCGCUGGCGUUCGUGCUCUACAAGCGAUGUCAGCGGUGGCGCCAGCUGUAG